AUGCGCCGCCCAUUACGGAGUUGUCCUUCGAGCGGUAACGUACACUUUCGAUGUGUGCUGGUUUUAUCUAUUCGCGUAGCAUUGUUCUUUAUAACCUACAUGCUGUUUUAUCAGGUGGCUUUGUUCAUCAUCGCCUGAAGUUUUAUUUGAAACUGAAGGAAGGGAAGCAGAGUUCCCGAGGGAGUUUCUCUACAAGGUUUUUUUUAAUUAAUUAUUGCUGUUUUCUUUGAGACAUGGCGAGUGAAGGAAACGGUAUGUCCGACGCAAGGAUAGGAGAGGCCCUCAUUAAAGAGGUCAUAGAGGAGGAAUUGAAGGAUGUGCCCUCAGAAGACAUGCCAUCUCUCACUCAGCUGGCUGUCCCAGUAAGGACUGAGCAGGAGCAGAAGAUUGUGACCCAGCUCAGCAAAAUGAUCCGUAUCAUUGGUGACAGGGUCCAAGACGACAAGGAGUUCCAAGAUGCAAUAGAUGGGAUGGCUUGUUCCUCCGGCUCUAAAUGGGACUGCUUUAAGCAGGUGGCAGACAAAGUGUUUGAACAUGGGAUCACCUGGGAGAGGAUUGCUGUGCUCUUUUACGUCGCAGGCAAGCUGGCUCUCAAGAUGGUGGAGGCUCAUCUCCCUCAGUCAGUGAGGGAGAUCCUGAUGUGGACAGUGGAUUUUUUCAGAACCCAUCUACUGGGAUGGAUUCGGGAACAUGGAGGAUGGAUCAACAGUUUCUCUGAGCUGGCGGUGGCGUCCAUGCAGAGGGUGUCAUUGUUGAGCUCUCACACCUACGGCCUCGCCCUUAUCUUUGUUGCCGGGCUGGCUUUAGGAAGCAUCAUCACCUGGAGAUUGACCAAACAGCUUUGAG